AUGGCUCCUGACCCGUCGCCGACGCCCAGCGCGUCCAUCUUUGGCAGGAAGGCAUCCUUGUUCUCCAGCAAGAAGUCGUCUCGCAAGGAAAGCACCUCCAUCACACCCCUCUCGCCGCCAAUCAGCGAGGAAGCAUCACCAAAGGCUCGCAGAGACUCUUCGCUCGUUUCGCUGCCCUCAUCCGUCGCCGAAGGAGACAUUCGCCGGAGCGCAUCACUCCGCUCUCACGACUCUCAAUCGUCCCUACACCACCCCAAGGCUCGAGGCUCUUCGAUAGCCAUUCCAUCUCGCUCUCCCAUUCGCCUGCAUCGUCAGAGUCGUUCCAUUAGUGCCAAUGCCACUCACACGAUCAAGCCGCCCUUCAACACAUCCUUGAGCCCUCAAAAGUCGACGGAUAGCCUCUCACGCGACCGCCAACACAGCAUUGCUGAGCCCGUCCCCAAGACUCCUUUCUCCAUGCUGGCCACUCCAUUCGCUCAUGGUCUCAAACGUUCAGAGACGGACCGUCCGUCAUUAUCAUCUCACGCCACCAAUACCAGUUCCUUGAACUUGGUGCCGUCAAACACAACACAACCUCCCCAGACGAAUUUUGUCCCUGCUGCCCUACUAACACACAUCCACGAAACAUGUCGCAAGCGUAUAGCUACUCUGGAGUAUCUCCGCAAAGUACAUGAAGGUCACAUCUACUACUUCAACACCCUCCUCUAUACGCCCACCAAUCUCAACCAACUUCCGUCCAUGCACUACUCCAGGCUCGGCCGCCGUGCUUCGAAUUACGUCCUACUCGGCACAUCUAUACCUCCCCUUCUCGAUAUGAACGCAGACAAUCCGCUCGACUAUCUUCGCUCCCUCGCCGCCCUCCUGUCAGAGUACGACACCUACCAACAACUCAAUAGUCCUGAUGCCUCCAUAGGCGCCCGUGGUCGUAUGGGUGCAAUGUUCAAGAAUGGUAUGCGUGGUGUCAAAGGUCGCAGAUCUAGCAGCGCUGCCAUCGAAAAUUUGUCCGAGUCUGUCGAAAGUGCCCAGCUAGACUCGUUGCCUCUGCCUCCUAUAUCCUCUGGAAAUCUCCCGGAAUUUGCAUAUCUGCAAACGCCUUCUUUGCCCUUCGACCCAGACUUUCACACCGCUUUUGCAACUCUGGCUGAUAUUCUGAUCGAUACUUAUUCUGGCGUUGUCCAACUCCUCCCAAACACCGAGUCAGUCGGACCUGGUGUUGGUGAAGCCUUUGGCAAAGCGGACAAGAUUCUCCGGAAAGUGCUUGUACAGAAUGCUGUACAGGAAAUCGGCGACACGACUCGUCGCGAGGUCCGCUCUGAGAUUGGAGGACUUGGUCGACUGGUCUUGGGGGGAUUGAUGUAA